AUGACAAAAGUAAUCAAAAUUGUCACGCCAUCGGAAAGAAGUCAGACGAAUACUGAAGUAACUCGAUGGACAGUGAAGGACGAUUGGUCGGGAAAAGUGUGGGAUGAACUAACAAUAAAGUUACAAAAGCUCUUCCAUACACGACAUACGCACUUUUUCAUAUCCUGGUUUGACGGUGAAGAUUACUGCACUAUUCGUGAUGUGGAUGACCUACAAGAGGCGGUGGAAUAUAUGCAAUCGGAGGAGAGUGGUCUUAAGGGAAUACGAAUAUAUGCAUCUCCAGAAAAAAAGGAACACCACACCAUUUUUGGCAAGAAACCAUCUGCAGGGCCGGAAGAGCAACAAGAUUUACCGGAAGUGGAAGAUCACGACCUUCAUUCGAGUAAACAUUCCAAUGAGGAUAUAAAUCCCCUUUCGAACUGGGAAUUACUGAAUUUAGAUAGUGAAGAAACUAAGAUGAAUGAGGUAGUGGAUGAAUCCCCGAAAGAAGAACCAAAACCAGCUGAAGAACAAAAAGAAGAACAAUGUGACGAGGGAAGAGCUACUACUCUCGUUCCAGCCUCGUCAAUGAGGAUCCCUUCCAGUAUUGUGGAAACAACCGCAGGUUACUCAGAAACUUCUACUCUGGCCUCAGCCACCCCUGCAGGCACUACCGAAGUCACCUGUGCUGCUGUGACGGCAAACGCUGUUGUUCCCGGCAUGCCCCCAACACAGACGGGCUCCUUCUUGGCCUGCAUGCCACCGUACGGAAUAUCCCAAUAUUACCUGCCUCCUACGGGAAUACAACCCAUGUUUGCUCCACAGUGGAAUGGAAGUCAGAUGGUGCCAAUGGCAUGCCCCGGAAUAGACCCGACGACAGUGCAAACUCCACCACAGAAUAUCCCCACAGCACCACCUAUGUCACAACAACCACUAGUCACUUCUAUGUCUCAUACCGAUACCGCACAAAGAGAAGCCGUACCACUACCCGUUGUAGCCAAUAAUCAACAGUCGCAGGAACAAACGCACGUCCCGAAGACAGAAAACCGCAAAAAGGACAAGUCUUCUAAAUCAUAUUACAUGCCACUUUGCAUGCAAACUCUUCGUUCCAUGGGAUAUACGCAAGAUGAAAGGACACUGAAGCGCGUCAUUCGCAAUAAAAAGGGUAAUUUAAACGAAAUUCUGGACGCGCUCAACAGCGGGUUACCCGACGCAUUGUGA